AUGGUGAAUGACAAGUUCAAUAACCUGGAUAUAGCUGAAGGAAGUAAAGGAGCUGGCACUCUAAGGAAGAUCAGAACUAGAAGCUGGAAGUUAAACAUUAAAGGCAAGCUCAAACACUUUCUAUGGAAGUGUUAUUCUGAUGUCCUUCCUACUAAGACCAAAUUGAGAAAGAAAGGAUUGCUGGUUGACUGCAUUUGCCAAACAUGUGGUGAGGACCUUGAAACAAUUGAGCACAUCUUCUUUAAGUGCAAGAAGGCUAGGGAAAUGUGGAAAGCUGCACCUGUGAACUGGGAACUAACCCAAGUUCCCAACACAAGCUUCAAGCAAUGGUGGAUUGAUGUAUGCUCUGUGAACAAGCUUGAAGUUUCUGAAGCAAGAAUAGAGCUGACCACCUACCUUUUGUGGUGGUUAUGGAAAGCUCGGAACUUGUGGGUGUUCAAAAAAGCAUGGAUGCCAGUUCCUGUAAUCAUCCAAAUGGCUCAAAGGGACUGGCUUGAAUUUUCCAAAAGGAACUGUAGCACUAAAUGGGUGGGGCAGUGA